AUUAAGUGAAUUAAAACAGUAGAAAAGAGUAAUAGAUUGACAUUUGAUGCUUAAACGUGUUUGAUAAUUACGUCUGAGAGGAAAGUUCACAGAAGUACUUGACAUUUCUUAUCUGUGGUAAGAGAGAAGCACUGCUAUCCUUGACUGAACCUCAACCGUCAAAUCCUGUCAGAGCAGCUAAAACUGAGAUGGAAGAUAAAGAGGCUCUUGGUCAACCGAAGACCCCAAACAUUGCUUUUGAGAAUGAUGGCCGUACCAUCUCAGUGCAAGUCCUGGAAUUUAAAACAAGUCUUCUGGAGGCAAUUGAGGAGUUACAUAUUCACAGGGAUGCUGAAACUCGAUAUGAGGAGCAGAUUUUUAAACUUGUGCUAGAGAAACAAGAGUUGGAAUGGCAAAAGGAGUCCUUACAAAGUCAGAUUUCUAGAAUGUCGAACGAGAGUUCAGAGUCACUUACUGCUGUAAAGAAACAGUUUCAGGCUCAAAUCAGAAGAAUUGAGGGAGAAAAGGGGAAAUACCAGCUGGCUGCUGAACUGAAAGACAAAGAGAUCACCAGCCUCAAGGAAGAACUAAAACUACUGCAGUUGCUCAGGUACAGUUUGGAGAAGAAAUUAAGCGAGCUGGAGCAAAAGUUGCAGCUGCAGACACAGACAAAAGACAGCCACCUGAAUCAGCUGGCAGAGGCAGAAAGACGUUUCGGCGCCAUCUCCCGACAAUGUGCCAUGGUAAAGCAGGCCCAUGAGAAACUCGAGCAAAAUGUUGAAGAGUCCAUGCAGAUUAAUAAAAAACUCACAUCCAUCAAUAAAAAACAAGAAUCUACGAUUAACGCCUUAAAAGAGGAUGUGGAGAGAUUAAAUAAAGAGUUGGUCACGUCCAAAGUGUCAUCAGUCUGCAAACCUGGAGAGGAGCAUUUACAAAACAUUCUAAAAGAACAACAGCUUCAGCAACUUCAGCAGAAACUCCUUGUGGAAACAGAGCUUAACAAGAAACUGAGAAAUGAAACUGCCAAAGAGAGGGCUGAGAAGCAGGGGGUAUUGAGAUCCCUCCACCACACACAGCAUUUGCUGCAGACACAGACAGAAGCUCUGAGCCGAGCAGAGCAGGAGCUCCGUACACUCCAAGAGGGAUAUCUGGUCCUUAAAACAGAACAUGUAUUGAACCAAGAAAGGACUAAAGAAAAAGAGGACAGCUUUGCUCAUCUAAGAGACGUGUACCAAAAUUCUAAACUCGCUUGGGAAAAAGAGAUGCUGCUACAGAAAAAUACGAUGGAGGCAGAUCAGUUUGAGCUGAAAACUGUAAAAGAGGCUUAUAAUCAGCUCCAGGAAGAGAACAAACAGCUGUCUAUUUCUGCAGCUCAUAUAGCCAAAGAAGUUCAUAACUGUGAGGUUGACUUAAAAGAUCAAGAAAGCCAGAACCAAGAAAAUUCAGUAAGCACACCAGAAAGUGAAAUUAACCUUGUUACGGUAGGGAGUCUCCAUAAAGAUGUGUCUACAGAACUUGAGGAACGUCUGAUUAGUCCUCAUGAUAACUGUGAACCAUCAAGUCAUCCCAUUAAAGCCAUUCCAGAUGAAAGCACUGCUGAGUGUCAGAAGGCCAUAAAAGCCAUCUGCUCUCAUGAUAACAACAAGGAACUCAACGUUCCAAUGCAGGUAGAUGGAGCAGUACCUGAACAGUCACCAACAGAAGGAUCAGAUAUUUUGGAUUCAAAUGUGUCUGAUAUUAAGAUUUCGAGACCUGAGGAAGUCAGUUCCAUGACAGAUCAGCUGUCAAAUUUGUGUGCUGAAACAAAAGCUGGUGUCAAUGAAAGUGAGCCAGUCUGCAACACAGUUGAUAAAGGAUGCCCCUUAAACCCAGUCCGAAGUGACACAGAUAACUGUCUCACUGAGCUAUCAGGGCCCGAAACCAGGUCUGUUUAUGGGGUAGACAGUGACCCUUUGGCUUUGGAACCAAAAGAUAGAGCGCUCGAGCAAAGUCUGUGUAUCCCUAAAGUGACUGAAUCCCAGACAUCAGAUAAACACACUGACAGCCAGGGAUGUGCUACAUCUCAGGAUACAGAGUCCAAAGAAAUCAAGGACCAGACAGCCGCACCUGAAAUUUUCCACAGUCUUUCACAAAAUGAAAGUCAGACAAAAACAGAAAUACUUUUAAAGGACAGAAAUGUAAAUUCAGAUCAACAAAACACAACAGUGUUUUGUGUCAAAACACCUUCAACAGAGGGGCUGAUUACAACCCAACCAAGCCCAUACCACGAAACCGUACACCAGGAGCUUGAAAACACUCUUGAUAGAGCUUUUACAAGUGCUACAAUACCUUUAGAUUCACACUUAAAUGAGUACAAAGAUCAGCUCUCACUACAUGAAAUGGCCUGUGCACCUUCACAAAGCCGAAUUUCCCAAGCAGAGGCCUCAACUGAAACGUGCCUUCCCGAUGGGGUGAAUGAGAUGGAACCUAAAUCGUUGCUUCUUGUUACUGGCACUCAGGAAUCAUAUUCUCAGACCACUGUAAUUGCUGCAGUUGACACAGUAGAGGCCAUAUCAGAAAAUAAUGAUCAAAAGGAUGAUGAUUGUUCUUUUUAUUCAUCUACACAAACAUUAAAAGCUCAACAGAGUGAAGUGGCCCUGCCCUCUAAAGCAGUAUCUCUACAUCCCCAGAUCACAAUCCAAGAACAAGAUCCUUCCUCUAUUGAUCGGCUUCCAAAAGCAAAUGACCAAUCAGAUGUUGACCAGAAGUGCAUUUCAAUGGCAGAUGCGUCAAACCAUGCUGGUAAUAAGGGAUAUCGGUCAUCCUUUACUUGGGGCACAUUUAUGAAAAGGAAAAGGGACCCUCAACCAGAAAGUACAGACAAUGAAGAUCCUUCAGUGGUCAGCAGAAAUAGCCAGCCAUACAUGACUCUAAUAUCAACACCCUCAAAUUCUGAACAAAUGUCCUCUGGAUUUCAUGAGCUUGCUUCUACGUUCUGUGUCCCUCUCUUUAUGAAUGAUAAACUAACAAAAAGAGUCCUGACAAAGACUACUGACAGGCGGGACACUCCGAGCAAGCAUCCCCACCAAAAGAGCAAUUGUCGAGGAGAGUGGAAUGCAAUCAAGCAGUCGAUUUCUGAAAUUUUAGCAGAAAAAGAGAAUCAAGUUCUUAUCGCCUACAGCUCAACUCUGAGUGGCAGCCCAGCCUCUUCUAAUGUGGGUAAUAGGUUGCGACAAGACUGCACUCCUACCAUUUCUCUUCCCAAACUCCACAGCCAGGAGAGAGAGAUCCGGAAUGUGACUAAAGGGGGUACACUUAAUUCUGAAGGAAAAGAGGAACGGAAGCCAUCUGACAUAAUGGCCCAAAUUGCAAAAAUUGAGGAAUUUAUGUCGUCAGAAGGUUUAACACCUCAAAAGAGACCCAAAAUAGAUUGAUAUGCAUUAAAAUUAGUAAUUUCCAAUGGCAUACGUUCUGUGCCAUAGUAAUGUUGGUACUCAGUUUGAAAUGUGAUGUGUUUGUUGAGGUAUAUUUAAUUUUAGACUCUGUGCAUGUAGAUAUGCUAAAUACACUAGAUGUGUUUUAAGUGUUAAUAUAUUUUCAGAUUAGUUACAUUGAGUACAUUUUGUUUAUUUCAAGCAAUUUAAAUGUUUUCAUACUUUCUUAAAAAAAAAAGCAUUACUUUUUUGCAUCUGUUGACACAUGUAUCGUGUUAACCUACUGCUAAACAGGGAACGUGCUACACAUAAAAUCUGUUAAUUACAUUGUACAAGCUAAUUAACAGUCAUUACUCCCAGGCUUGCCUGCCCGUUCCUCAGGGGGCAUUUAAUGGCCAAACAUUUCUAAUUUACAUUUGAUACACAAACUGUGGCCAGCUACAACUUGAGAUAAUUACAAUACACAAGUAAGAUGAAUCAAUUAGCACAUAUUAAGCCAAAUUAACAAAUGCAAAUGGAUCUCACAUUAAGUUUAUGUCCUCAGUAAAUAGGCUAUAGGGACCAUGUGGACACAUGUUAGGGCGAUACAGAUGUAAAAUUAAAUGUGUUGCAUUUGGUUACACUAGUACCAGUGAACUAGUGAAUACUUGGGCCACAACUGGGAAUCACAAUAACAGUUAUUUAAACAGUUAAUUCAUAAUAAAUCAUAAUAUUUGAUUCAUAAAGAAAUAAGAUUGAACUUGAACUUAGCAUUUGUUCCUGCAUCUUAAAAACAUUGCAUUAAACUUCUAUACGCUAUAAUGCUGCCUAAAGGCAGAGUUCACCCGAAAAUGAAAAUUCUGUCAUCAUUCACUUACCUUUAUGUUGUUCCAAACCUGUGUUUCUUCUGUGGGACACAAAAAGAGAUGAUAGGCAGAAUGUUAGCCUCAGUCACCAUUUACUUUCAUUGCAUUUUUUGACCAUACAAUGAAAGUGAAUGAUGACUGAGGCUAACAUUCUGCCUAACAUCUCCUUUGGAACAAUAGAAUGCAAAAGAAGUAAUUGAAUGCAAAAAAAAUUAUAUUUGAGUGGAAUUUCCCUUUAACUGAAUAUAGCCCAUGUAGUAAUGAUAUUAAGCUAUAUUUUGGGGAAAUAAGCAAAGAGUGUUUAUCUCAAAUUAAGCACUUUAAAGAGCCUCACAAAAACACUUUGCCUCAAGAGUACUAAAAUCACCCAGCAGAAAGGAAAUGCACACCUCUUGAUUAUAGCACAAGGUCCCUCAGAGGUUCACCUUAAUACACUGAAUCAUUAUUAAUAUGUCAAAAUGUUAAUGUCCUCAUAAAGAAAUCUUACGUGUUCCAGCCACUGUACCAGCAGUACUGACCCUUAUCCUUUAAGGGAGUGGGCAAUAUGGAGAGCGUAAUUUUAAUACACACUUUGGAUUAUGAAGUGGCAGUCCUUUGAAACAGUCAAUUACACUUGAGUGCGGGAGGGCCCAAGUGUUAAUUACUAGUUGGUUUUAUAUAGUCUGUAAAUAUAGAGCCUGCUGACAUUCACAUUCCAUUACUGUGUCCUGACUGCCACAGCAAAUUGUCCCGACCUGUCUGGGUGUAUACUGCUAGGCCCCUAUGUGUUCAUUUAACUUUAGAAUAACAUUCACCGCAAACAAGGAUGAGGGUGCAGGAUAUGGGAGCCCAGCUCUAUAUGUGGGGGUUGCAGUUGCUACAAAUUUAGGUCUUUGCUUAAUUUCUCUGCUUUUUAUAAAUAGGAUUUUGAAGACAGGGAAAUACAUUGCUGUGCUAAGGCAAAUGCAGUAACUACACAUUUAGUUAAAAUUGAUUUAUGUAUAGGGCUAUGAAUUGAUUACAUUUUAAAUCUAAUUAAUCACAGUUUUCUGUGAUUAAUCACGAUUAAUCAUGGUACAUGCAUGGUACAUUAAAACAAUCUUUUACUUUUUA